AUGGCAUCCCAAGAAGAGAAACCACUUUCUGCUAAUGCUGCUGCUUCACAGCAUUCACUUCAAGUCAUCCUAAUGGCUAUUAUUCUCAUGUUGGUUUCUUCUUGUUUAGCACCUUCAGCUUCAGCUGCAGGACAGGAAACAGAGGCUCUCCUGAAUUGGAAGGCUAGCCUUGACAACACAAGCCUGUCUCUCUUGUCUUCAUGGGUUGGAAACAGCACUUGCAAUUGGGAUGGGAUUGGUUGCAACAAUAUUGGAAGCAUCACUCAUAUAAACCUCACUGGUUCUGGUUUAAGAGGUACACUUCAUUCAUUCAGUUUCUCAUCUUUCCCCAGUCUCCUAAGCCUUAACUUGAGCCAUAACUCAAUUUCUGGAACAAUCCCAUCAGAAAUAGGUUUUCUGAAAAGUCUUCAAAUCCUUGAUCUUUCUGAAAAUAACCUUAAUGGGUCCAUUCCCCAUGAAGUUGGUUUAUUGGGAAACUUAACCAUUCUUUCUCUUCAUAACAAUGAACUUUCUGGAAAUAUCCCUCUGGAAAUAUGGAUGCUGAAUUCACUCAGUGUGAUUCAUAUAGAGAAAAACAGUCUCACAGGUUCAAUUCCAGAAUCAAUUGGAAACCUGUCAAACUUAACUGUUCUAGCUCUCCAUCGCAACAAUUUCUCUGGCUCAAUUCCUUCAAGUAUAGGAAACCUGACUAGGCUGAAGGAGUUGUACCUGAUGGGUAAUCAAUUAACUGGAACCAUUCCAAUUGAAGUAGGAAAGCUUCAGUUUCUUACCCUUCUAGGUGGCAACAACUUGUCUGGUAAUAUUCCCCCAGAUUUAUGCAGUGGUGGAUUACUUGAAAUGUUUACAGCACAUAACAAUCAGUUGACAGGCCUCAUGCCUAACAGCUUGAGAAACUGCAACAGCUUAGUUAGAUUAAGGCUUGAAAGAAACCAGCUAACAGGAAACAUAAAUGAAGAAUUUGGCAUUUAUCCGAAAUUAGCUUAUGUCGACCUCAGUUAUAACAGAUUCUAUGGAGAACUUUCUGAAAACUGGGGAGAAUGUCAAAACUUACAAAGCUUGAAGCUCAGCAACAACAGAAUUUCCGGAAGAGUUCCUCAGUUUGAGGGAUCAAUUCAGCUGCAUAUACUUGACCUCUCUUCGAAUAAUCUCACUGGGACAAUCCCAAGGGAACUAGGGAGGUUGACAUCCCUGUUCAACCUUAACCUGGGUGAUAAUAAUCUCACUGGGACAAUCCCACCAGAAAUUGGAAUGUUAACCAAUCUACAACAACUUAACUUAGCAGCCAAUGAUUUCAAUGGACCAAUUCCGGAACAAUUAGAUGGGUGCAGAGAGUUACUGAACUUGAAUUUGAGCAAAAAUAAAUUCAGUGAGAACAUUCCUCUUCAGAUGGGAAGCAUGCAAACUCUUCAAGUUCUUGAUCUUAGUCAAAAUUCCCUGAUGAGGGAAAUACCGCCACAGCUUGGACAAUUGGUAAAGUUGGAAGCAUUGAAUCUCUCCCAUAAUGAGCUCUCUGGUUCGAUCCCAUAUACCUUUGAUAAUAUGUUGAGCUUGACAGUUAUUGACCUAUCCUUCAAUCAUUUGGAGGGUCCUCUUCCCAACAACAAAGCAUUCCUUGAGGCUUCAGCUGUAGCUUUUGAGAAUAACACAGGCCUGUGUGGUAAUGCCACUGGUUUGCACGCUUGCCCGUCUGAAACAAGAGGAGGGAAAAAGGGCAGCAAAUCAGUUGUAUUCAUCAUAGUCUUUGUUUUAGCCAUCCUCUUUUUUGCAUUUGUAGUAUUUGGGAUUCUUUGGGUGCGUCGCUAUUCGCAAGAAGCACAAAAUGAAAACCAAUUUGCAGUUUGGAGCUAUGAUGGAAGAUUGGAGUAUGAAGACAUUAUUGAAGCUACAGAGGAAUUCAACUCCAAAUAUUGUGUAGGAGUGGGAGGGAAUGCAAGUGUUUAUAAAGCUGAACUGCAAACAGGUCGGAUUGUUGCAGUAAAGAAACUUCACAUUGUACAAGAUAGUGGAGUAGCAAAUUUCAAGGCUUUUGAGAGUGAGGUUCGUACUCUUUCAGAAAUUCGUCACCGCAACAUAUUGAAGCUCUAUGGUUUUUGUUCACAUCCACAACACCCUCUUUUGGUUUACGAUUUCAUAGAAGGGGGAAGCCUGGAAAAAAUAUUGACCGACGAAAACCAUGCCAUUAAGUUUGGAUGGAUUGAGAGAGUGAAUGUUGUCAAAGAUGUGGCUAAUGCAUUAUCUUAUAUGCAUCAUGAUUGUUCACCUGCAAUAUUGCAUCGAGACAUAUCGAGCAAGAACAUCUUGCUGGACUUAGAGUAUAGGGCUUAUGUCUCGGAUUUUGGUACAGCUAAGCUCUUGAAGGCAGAAACUUCGAAUUGGACUUCGUUUGCAGGCACAUUUGGAUACAGUGCUCCAGAGUUGGCAUACACAAUGGAAACGAAUGAGAAAUGUGAUGUUUAUAGUUUUGGAGUGGUAGCAUUAGAAGUGAUCAUGGGAAAGCAUCCUGGAGAUCUCAUAUCCUAUUUUUUGUCACUCUCAUUAACAUCAACAGCCCAACCUAUACAACUCAAGGACGUUUUGGACCCCCGCCUCUCACCUCCUGGAAAUCAUGUUGUUGAAAAGGUGGUCGUUGUUCUAAAACUUGCAUUUGCAUGCUUGCGAACAAAUCCACAAUCUCGACCAACCAUGCAACAAAUUUCCAAUGAGUUGUUAUUUUGA